AUUUCUUGCACGCAGACGGCUCCUAUACGCAAAUACGCUAUCAAAGCAAGCUGCUCUACGCGUUUUUCAAUAACUGCAAUAUUUUCCUCCAAUCUUCCGUUGUUACGUCGGUAUAUAUAAUAUCUAAAGUUCUUGAGUAGUUUCUCCGGCGGUAUGUCUAGUGCCAGUGCUCGUUCGCUAAAAAUCUUCGUCGGCAACAUCGCUUGGACCGUGGGGCACCGGGAGUUGCGUAAUUAUUUCAGCCAGUUCGGCAAGGUGUCGUGGGCCCAGGUGGUAUUCGACCGAAAGUCCGGACUAUCAAAAGGUUACGGAUUCGUGGCGUUCCAGAAGAAGACGGCCCUCGAAAACUUAGAACGCAACCAGAAGCACGUGCUCGACAACACGCCCAUCUUUUUCCAGCAAACGGAUUAG